AUUGCGCAUAUUUAGUUAGACACGUGGUUUAGUGUGAAAAGAAGAUGGCAGCCUGCAUGUGUGUGUGCAAACAGCUGUACUGAUCCUGUUUGUUAUCAUUUCCAUCCUUAUAACAGUUAUUACUGCAGUACACUUUAACACAGUUCAGUCCAGCACUCAGGUGGUUAUGGCGGACGUGAGCGCCGACUCCUCCGUCCCGAACGACGCCCCAAUCCCUGCGGAAGAGUCCGGCAUCCAGCCUGAGACGAAACAGGAGGACGAACCUGCGUCAGAAAGUAAGAACGAAGGAGAGGAACGCAAGGAACGCAGCAACUCUGAUGUCUACCGCUACAUCAAGGAGGAUCUGUUCACCUCCGAGAUCUUCAAGGUGGAGAUCCAGAACCUGCCCAAGUACAUCGGCUUCAACGACCUGAAGAAGUUCCUGACCAAACACGGGCUGAACCCACACAAGAUCAAGCUGAUGGGGAAGCAGAACUGCGCCUUCGUCACCUUCAAAAACCAGGAGGACAGGGACAAGGCCAUGAAGCUUGUCCACGGUGUGCACUGGAAGGGGAAGGUCCUGAGCGUACGACUGGCCAAGCCCAAAGCCGACCCCCUCCUCAGGAAGCGCAGGCAGGACGAAGAGGCGGCGGACGGAGGACAGCCCGCGUCCAAACGUCCUGCCGAGGGACACGACGGCGCCGAGGACGAACCUCUAUCCGUCCAGAUUGCCAACGCGGUCACGCCGCUGUGGCAGGUCCCGUACCAAGAGCAGCUCCAGAGGAAGGAGCGGGAGGUGGAGGCAGUCCUGCACACGCUCACACGGGAGAUAGGGAACAGUAAUAAAGCCAUGCUGCCGUGGCUGUUUGUGCAGAAGGAGAAGAACAGAGGUGUGUGUUGUCCCCUCGAACCCAUCAGACCCUCACCAGUGCAGACGGAGUACAGGAACAAGUGUGAGUUUGUGAUCGGCGCCGGAGCCGACGGAGAGGACAAGACGGUGGGGUUUCGCUUGGGGAAGUAUAAAGGAGGCUCGUGCGCCGUGGUGAGUCCCUCAGACACCGUCCACGUCCCUGCAGGGGCCAAGCGCGUUGUCCUCGCCUUCCAGAACUACAUCAGGACGACCCCGUAUGACGUGUACAGUCCAGAGACGUAUGAAGGUCACUGGAGGCAGCUUACGGUCCGCACCAGCAGAACCGGAGAGAUCAUGGCCAUCGUCUUCUUCCAUCCACAGAAACUGUCGGAGGACGAGCUGGCGUCUCUGAAGGAGUCCCUGAGACACUACUUUACAGAUGGAGACGGGAAGGACAGCGGAGUGACGUCUCUGCACUUUGUGAGAAUGGGACAGAGGACGUCUGCAGGGACGGAUGAUUUGGCCUGUGAGCAGGUGGCCGGUGAGGCGUGGAUCCACGAGGAGCUGCUCGGCCUCAGGUUCCGCGUGUCUCCUCACUCCUUCUUCCAGACGAACACUCUGGCAGCAGAGGUUCUGUACUCGUCUGUAGGUGAGUGGGCUCAGCUCGACCGGGACAGCACCGUGCUGGAUGUGUGCUGUGGGACAGGAACCAUCGGCAUCUCUCUGGCCAAGCGAGUGAGGAAGGUGAUAGGAAUCGAGUUGUGUCAGGAGGCGGUGGAGGACGCUAAAGUGAACGCACAAGCUAACGGGUUGACCAACGUGGAGUUUCACUGUGGUAAAGCGGAGGACAUUUUCCCCACCAUACUCAACGCUGUUGUGUCUCCUAACGUUACUGCUAUUGUCGAUCCUCCAAGAGCGGGACUGCAUUCCAAGGUGAUUUUGGCGAUCAGACGGGCGGAGCAUCUGAAGCGGCUGGUGUACGUCGCCUGUAACGCCAAAGCGGCCAUGAACAACUUCAUCGAUCUCUGUAGAGCUCCAUCUAACCGUGUUCGCGGUGCGCCGUUCCGCCCGGUGCGAGCGAUGGCCGUGGACUUGUUCCCUCAGACCAUGCACUGUGAGACCAUCCUGCUGUUCGAGAGGGUCGACUACGGAUCCAGCACCAACAACGCCGAGAACUGAAGCUAAUGCUAGCGGUUUCUCACAAGUCUCGCUAAUAACGAGCAGCUCAUAACAUUCUAAAGGCAAAGUUAUUUUUUAAAACCUUUAAAAAGUGCAAACACAAUCCUGUUUUCUGAUCCA